AGACAACUUAACUUCCCUCGCAUCCCAUUGGCCAAAGGAACCGUGACGUCACCCUGGGCCACCUCUGAUUGGCUGGGAGCACCGUGACGUCACCCAGGACCCGAAAACUGAGCACUCUGAUUGGCGGAGGCAGGCCGUGACGUCAGGACCAUGCGCUGACGUCACACAAACGUCACAAACUCACAAGAUGGCCUCCGGAGGGUUGCCAGUGGUCGCCAUCCACGUAAUAAUCGCCAGUUUGAACAGUGUGUGCGGGGACCUUCUGGCCGGCGUGGAGGUCCCGGGUGUGGCCUUGGCCGGGGGGCGCGUCAACGUGAGCUGCACCUAUGACCUGCGCGCCACGGGCCUCUACUCGCUCAAGUGGUACCACAACGACACGGAGUUCUACCGCUACGUGCCCACCGAGACCCACAGGCCGGUGGAUAUCAAGCCCACGGUCAAGUUCCAGGCUCAUGAGAUCGCCCGCACUGAGACUGGUGUGACCCUCUCCUUGACCUCGAUGACCUCGGAGGCAACGGGGGAGUACAAAUGUGAGGUCAUCGCGGAGCACCCUUCGUUCAGGACGGAGGCGAGCGGGUCUUUCAUGACUGUCCUAGACGAGCCCCUUGCCCCCCCCAUCAUUGAGGGGGGGCGGGAGGUGUAUGAGGGGGACGAGGAGGUCAGUCUGGUGUGUCUCCCAGUCCACGCCCCCCCCGCCGGGCCGCCCCCCUCCCUCACGUGGUACCUCGCAGGCUCCCCCGCAAGGCGUGAGUAUGUGUCCCCCUAUAGAGAAGACCCCCAGUCCCCUCCGAUGGGGCUUACUCUUCAGGUUCCCGCCAGCCAGGUGUGGCGGAGCGGGAGCAGCGUCUUGGCGGAGUGUCAGCUAAAAGUCGACUCACAGGUGGUUCGAGCUUCCACCACGCUCAGGGUUCGAGCUCGCCACUCUUCCUACCUGUUCAACUAUUCCGCAGGUGCCCGUGGAGGUCCCGCCGUCACUCUGUUGGGCUUGAGUGUGCUAGCGUCCAUACGGCUACACGCUUAGGUCAAAGGAGGAUGAAGAGGAAACCGGGCACGUACACACACACACACACACACACACACACACACACACACACACACACACACACACACACACACACACACACACACACACACAUAACCUCUCUCUCUCUCACUCUCACUUUCCACUCCUCUUCCUCUUCUUCCUCUUCCCUCUUCAUUCUUAGUCACUGUUUCCCUCCAUCCCUCUCCCCCUCUCUCCAACACACACACACACACACACACACACACACACACACACACACACACACACACACACACACACACACACACACACAUACCUUCCCUCUUCUCAACACACAAGAAUCUCACUUUCCAACCUCCCCUUCCUCUUUUUCUUCUUUCCUCUUCAAUGAUUAGUCGUUUAACCCCCUCCAACCCCUUCACCCCCUUCUCCAAUAACCCUAACACACACACACACACACACACACACACACACACACACACACACACACACACACACACACACACACACACA